GCGGCGGGUGUCCCCCGCAAAGGCGUCCGGGCGCUGCCGGAAGGGGAGAAGAGGCCGGGCGGGCCGUGGCGAGGGCUGGGUCUGGGAGGGCUGGGUCUGGGAGGGCUGGGGGCUCGCGCCGGGGCCGGGGAUAGCUGCAGCCCCCGACCUGGGAGAUAUCGGACUCGGACAUCGAGGGCCCCGCGGGCGAGGAGGCCGCCGCCAGGGUCCGAGACCCGGCGGAAGAGCACAGGGCGGCGGCCGAGGUGCUGCGGAGGCUGCGGCCCGAGCAAGCCGUGCGGCGCCUGGCGGUGCUCAUGGACCCAGGUGCGGGCGGGCGCGGGCAGCGGCCCGGGGUGGGGAGCUCGGCCUUGAGGAGCUUGUUUAUCUGCGCUCUGGGAGCCGGACGGGAAUCAGUUGUUGCCAUUCUGGAAGAUGCCGGUGCCGACAUCCUGAUGGAGGCUCUGGACGCCCUGAGCUGUGAGUGCCGCGUGGAGCCCGAACGCCCUGCAUGGAGCCUCGGGUGGAGCAGAGUGAAGCCAGACCCUUGCUCCCUCAGUGUGCCUCCUGAGGUGUGGGCUGCGGAUGAGCAGGACCGGCUGCUGCUGCUGGAGCCUGAGGAGUUUCUGCAGGGCGUUGUCCAGCUGACCCAGGUCUUACCAGUCCAGUACCCAGGAGGCAUGGCAGCCAGAGCGUCUAGUGGUGACUCAUGCCUAGGUGGCAGUUGGCUGGCCCGAGGUGGAGGAGGCCCUGGUGCUUCUGCAGCUCUGGGCAAACGUGGAUGUGCUGUUGGUGGCCUCCUGGUAGGAGCUGAGUCAGCAUGUGUGUGCCUUCACCAAGGCCCUCACCCAGCGUCCCUUCAAGUGUGUGACCCUCACCCUGCUGGGGGCUGCAGCGGGAGGGAUGGGAGUGCCGGGCGGGGUGGCAGUGCUGGGCAGGGUGGCGCCUCUCUGGCCUCUAGAGCAGAGGGGGCUGUGGGUUUUGUUGAGCUGGGGGCGGGGCGCUCAGUAGAGGUGAUGAAGAAUCUAGGCACUUCCCUGCAUCCUCCCCUUCCCAGGCAGUCCCGGGAGUCUGGGGCCUUUUCCUUCUGCACCACCGCGUGCUGGGCAGCAGCUGAGAAGAGUGGCAAGAGAUGGCACUGGCCUGCGGGGGGCCUGCUGGCAGCAGAUCAGGUGUGCGUGGCCUGUGGCAUGGAGCAGGGGUGCCUAGCCCUCCUGGCUGACCUCCCUGUGAGGAUGGGCAAGGGUGUGCGGCCCCAUAGGUUGGGACCUGACCUCUCCUGCUGCAUCUGCCUCUUCCUGAUGACCACCAUCCCCGACCUCCCGCUGGACCUGGGCUCCUGA